AUGUUUAAUACAGGGUUAAUGAGAUCCAGAGUUCGUGGCUCAGAAAUUGCGACAGCGCCCGUGCUUACAUUUUUGGACAGUCAUGUAGAGUGUAACGUGAAUUGGCUUGAACCACUUUUAGAUCGUGUAGCGGAAGACCCGACUAGGGUGGUGUGCCCGAUUAUCGACGUCAUCAAUAUGGAUAAUUUCCAAUACAUUGGAGCUUCGUCAGAACUUAGAGGUGGAUUUGAUUGGAACUUAGUGUUUAAAUGGGAGUAUUUAUCAAAAGAAGUCAGAGCGCAACGUCAAAAAGAUCCAACUUUACCAAUCAGAACACCGAUGAUUGCUGGCGGUUUAUUCGUGAUGGACAAAGAUUAUUUCGUAAAACUUGAAACAUAUGACAAGGAAAUGAACAUUUGGGGUGGUGAAAAUUUAGAAAUAUCAUUCAGGGUGUGGCAAUGUGGUGGUAGCUUGGAAAUCAUCCCUUGUUCGCGAGUGGGACAUGUGUUCCGAAAGAGACAUCCUUAUACGUUUCCGGGAGGCUGUGGUAAUGUUUUCGCCCACAACACUCGUCGAGCAGCUGAAGUAUGGAUGGACCGGUACAAGCGAUACUAUUACAAUGCCGUGCCAUUAUCUAGAAUCGUUCCAUUUGGAAACAUAGCAGAUCGAUUGGCAUUGAAGAAAAAUCUCGGCUGCAAACCGUUUAAAUGGUAUUUGGAUAACGUUUAUCCGGAACUCAAAUUGCCAGCGACUGUAGACGAGUUCGUGGGCAGUAUCAGACAGGGCCACAUGUGCUUGGAUACACUGGAAAAUCAAGUAGGAAAAACUGCAGGCAUCUUUCCUUGUCACGAUUACGGUGGCAAUCAGGAAUGGACAUUUACAAUUGGUGGGUCGAUUAAACAUGACACAAUGUGUUUGUCUCCGACAGAUUAUUCAUCCAUGAGCUUAAUAAUUAUGAAACCAUGCGACUCUACGACCGAUGAAUGGAAAUUCGACGAAAACACUAAACAGUUAAGGCUUAAAGUCGUUAACCUAUGUUUGGACACGCUUGGAGUACACGACAUGAUAAGUAUAAAUGUAUGCGAUAGUCUAAAUUCAAAUCAGAAAUGGGAAUACUUGGUUGCAGCAGGAAUCGAUAAUAAGGUUUAA